CAUACUCAAUCAAAUGAAAUUUGAAACAUACAUUUAAACUAAUAUAAUUAUAUAAGAUUAUUGGACAAUAAAAUAUUAGAGCAGUAGUGCUAGAUGAGGCUAGAUUUAACUAAAAUCUUGACAUUUUUGAAGAGGCGUGAGGGACAGAGGGAGAAAUAAAAAUGUAGCAAAAAAGAACUGUAUCACUUUAAAACCAUAAAUACAGCCAACUUGCAGUGUCAUUGUCGUUAGUUUCGAAAUGGCGUACACGGUCAUUUUGUAUGUAGCAAGUGCCUGCUUUAUCUUAUAUGGAAUCAGGAAGCACAGAGAAAGCAAGUGGGGAAAAUGUAAUAAUAAUGUUAAAUUGAAUGGCAGAAUUGUUGUAAUCACUGGAGCCAAUAGUGGUAUUGGUUAUGAGACUACCAAAGAACUUUCUCGUAGAGGGGCACGUGUCAUACUAGCCUGUAGAAGUAGUGAAAAAGCUGAUGAGGCCAUGAACAAUAUCAAAAAGGAAUUGAACAUGAAUCCAAAAUUGGAAUUUAUAGAAUUGGAUUUGUCAUGUUUUCAAUCAAUACACUCUUUUACACAGGAAGUUAUGAAGAAGUACAAGAGAAUUGAUAUGCUGAUUAAUAAUGCUGGUGUGUCAUAUCCGAAAACAUCAAAUUUAAAAACUACUGAAGGCUUUGAAAUUCACAUGGGGGUCAAUUACUUGGGUCAUGUUCUCUUGACUAAUUUACUUUUGGAUCAUUUGAAAGAAGGUGAUAAGCCUAAAAUAAUAAAUGUUAGUUCAUUGCUUCAUCAAAAAGGAACUUUGGACUUGGAGGAUCUUAAUUAUGAAAACAGACCCAUUCAACGUGCAUAUGCUGACUCAAAGCUGGCCUUAACUUACUUUGGCCAAGAAUUGGCAAAAAGGAAUGCAGAUGUUAAUGUUUACAAUCUUUGUCCUGGUUGGGUAUACACCAAUCUGUUUAGAUAUCACAAAUACAACUUUUUCUAUACUUUGAUGGCUCUACCAAUUGCUUUCUUUUUUAUGCGGAGCAAGAAACAGGGAGCCGAGACUGUCAUCUAUUGCGCUACUGAGCCUAGAUUGGACGCAGAGACUGGACAGUUUUAUAGGAAUUGCACUAAAUUUAAUUCUGCCUAUCAAUUUGAUGAUGAGACAGGCAGAGAAUUGUGGGAUGUUACUACAAAGAUAAUUCAAGAAAAACAGCAAGAUUAUUGAUCGAAAUUAUUUAAUAAAGAUAUUGUUAAUAGAUA